AUGAGCAUCGGCUCUGAACAAAGCUAUCGUUACGAGAACGGACGCCAAUACUACGACAAUAAAUCUGUUACCUAUGUACUUCCCAGCGAUGAAGAAGAAUCGAAGCGGGUAUCGAAGCAACAUUUGCUCUUGAAAGCCGGCUUUGGUGGUAACUAUGAUGCCCCCGUGCGUGAAGCGCUUGAAAAAGGAAUCUUUGUUCUUGAUGCUGGCUGUGGACCAGCCGCUUGGACAGCCGAGAUGGCAAAAGACUACCCAAAUUCGACAUUCCACGGUGUAGACAUUGCACCACGAUGUUUGACGACUCCACCUUCCAACUGCCACUUCCACACCAAAAAUCUCGUAGAAGAAAAGCCAUUCCCUGAUAACCAUUUGGAUUACAUCCAUCAGCGUUUGCUUGUUUUAGGCUUACUGGAAGCUAACUGGGACAAGGUGAUUGCACAACACAUGAAAAUGCUCAAGCCUGGUGGAUGGAUAGAACUUGUUGAGGUGACCUUCAGGGUUUUGGAAAACGGUGGUCCCAAGGCUACUAAGCUUAUGCAUGCAGUGGAAAAGGUUGGAGGUGAUAAGGGGCUCAAUAUGGAGAUCCCUUUUCAAUUGGAGGAGCGUCUCAAGAAAGCUGGAGCCGUGAACAUUAGCUUGCGAAUGGCAACAACACCUAUCAACCAUGGUGGAGAGAUUGGUGACAUUUGCUGGGAGGACUUUUAUGAAGCUUUCUACGCCAUGCAAGCUUUGAUCGCUCAGGUCCAUCCUGAGAUGGGAGACGCCGAUUUUUUCAAAAGCUUCUUGCUUGAAUGCAAAGAAGAAUGCCGUGAGUCCAAGACCAGCCUCCAAUGGUAUCGCUGUAUCGGCCAAAAGCCUUUGGACAUCAAUGAAUGA